GGUCGCUUCCUGAGCUGCUUCGCCGAGCAGGGGCUGCUCCCGGGGCGGGACGGCGGCGAUCCCGGGGUCCGCCCUUUGUGCGUCGUCCUGGAUGACAACUUCUACUACCGCAGCAUGCGAUACGAGGUGUUCCAGCUGGCUCGCGAGUAUUCCCUGGGCUUCUGCCAGCUCUUCCUGGAGUGCCCCCUGGAGCUGUGCCUGCAGAGGAACCGCCUGCGGGGCAGCCCGGUGCCCGAGGGGACAAUCUGCCGUAUGGCACAGAGAGUGGAGCUGCCAGAGCCUGAGAAGAACCCCUGGGAGCAGAACAGCCUCAUCCUGAGCAGCUCUGCGUGCACCCCGGAGGAGCAGUGUGAUGCCGGGCUGAUGGAGGCUUUCCAUGUGCAGAUAAUUAAUUUGCUGGGUGCUGCGUUGGAAAAUCCCGUGAAGCAAUACAAGGAAAACACUGAGCAGAAGGAAGCAGAUCGAGCGAUCUGUGCAGCCAGUGCUGUCCAUCAAGCUGAUCAGACAUGCAGACGAAUCAUCUCUCAAACUAUGAAGGAGGCAAAAGAUAAGAACGUGCUCCCAAGUGAGAUGAAAAGCCUGGCAGAAGAACUUAACAAACUCAAAGCAGAAUUUUUGGAAGAUCUGCGGCAUGGAAGUCAUGUGGAAAACGAAUCUGGCCAACAAAAUCCCACCAUUGACCCUGCUACCAGUGUGCUUUCUUCAUUCCAACUUGAGGCAACCGAUAUACUUAAUAAAUAUCUUUUAAAGUAAUAA